ACAUGAGUCGAGUCGCCGCGCAAGUUUUACCUCUGGUCCGUCCUCGCGCCCCUGAAACCCUCGAGUCCCGGAGUGAAACUUUAACACGCGGAGGUUUGUUUGUGUUUGAGGCAGAGGAGGAGGUUCGGGGUUAGGUUCGGGUUCGGGUUCGGGUCCAGGUACGUGCACCGGGACGCAGAGGUUCGGGCUCGUGCACUCGUGACGUUUUUUUUUUUUUGUGUUUUUUUUUUUUUUUUGCGUAAAGUUUGUGUCUCGUGCGAAGGAGCGGAGCGCGCGCGUGCCGCAGAGCAAACACUGACAUACAUCUGAUUUGACCAAAGCGCAGAACAAAACGUGCUGCUCCCGGAGUCGCGCCGAGUCACGCCGAGUCACAGAGACCUGGAGGAGUUGAAGCCGCUGGCGGGACUGUGGGGCUGAGGGAGCCGGAGCGGUGACUGUGUGAACGGAGCUGGAAUGCGACAGGAUUCCAGGUCGACAGGUCUGACCUCAACCCGGGAGAGGCCGAGGGAACCAGACGAUUAGCGCCGACGUUUCGCUGGGCCCCGCCGCUCUACGAUGCGUUGGCGAUGUCGACGGUGACGCACGUGAUUCUGCAGGAGAAGGACGAGGAGAUCGAGAAGAAGCUGGACUGGAGCUACAUCGAAUGGGCCGAGAACGAGAACGAGGUGGAGCCGGAGUCGGAGUCGGCGGGAGUUUGUUCCGUGCAAACUCAGACGGAUUCGGAGUUGGGCGUCCCGGACCGCGCCGACAGAGAAACCCAAACGAGCAGCCCGAUCAUCAUGCACAUAGACCUGACGCGUAAGCACUCCAGGCUGCGGCACCUGUCCCUGGCGGACGGCGACGCCCUGGUCACGCCGUAUUUCCAGUUCGACCGUCAGGCGCCCGGUCGGAUCUCCACGUCGCCCACUCUGAGGCGCAUGAGGAGCACCCGGAGGCCCCAGAGCGAGUCCAUGGACGCCGCCGCCGCCGCCGCCACGAUGGGGACGACUCAGGAGGAACCGUCGUCCGGCACGUCCGCGGGUUCCUUCUCGUCCUCGGUCUCUUCGCCGCCGCUGUCCCCCGUCCCCCGCGUGGUCUCGCCCCUCGCCCUCAGCCCGCUCCCCGACGGGCGCCGCAGUCCCGUUCUUCAGCACAUUUCGUCCUCGGGGAAACAGCGGACCAAGUCGCACAGAUCCAGGACUUUCGACCACGGGCAAACGUCGCCGCCGCGGACGGAACGCCACAGCGAGCGCCACAGCGAGCGCCUGAGUCUGUCCCAGGGGUUUGUGUUUCCGGAACGCAGCGAGUCACAGGAGGAGCUGAGUCAUAACAGGUUACAGGAGAGGAGGCGGAGCUCCGUGGUGGUCAGUUUACCGGGCCUGGACGUUUCACCGGGAGAUCUGUUUGUAUCAAACGGAGCAGCACAUUUACUCAACGGUUCAACAUUUUCAGAUUCUAAGAAGUUAAAGUGGCCCUUCUCACGGCGGAACACGUCUAAAGGGAAGUUGCAGAUCGGCACGGCGUCGGAUGUGGAGAAGUGUCUUUCAACGGCGCAGAUUCAAGACUGGAGGAACCCGGAUUUACAAGGUGUGUGA